GACAGAAACGUCUCGACCUUUACGCGACGCGCACGUACCGCACGGUUACAGAAAAGCGCAGUGUUUUACGAGCAAUUCGAAUUCAGAAGUCGUAGUGUUUUUUUAAUCUAUAAGGUUUUUGCUGCCAGGUCGUCGGCCAACCAACGAUGCAGAACCUCAUACGAACAUCAGCGUUGAUUCUGGUUGCGGUAGCUGCCGUAAGCACCACUUCUGCGCACGAGUCCAACGACAACAACCUCACCAACGACAAGAAAGAGCCGACCACACACGAGCUGCUCAGCUCUCUCGGCCUCAAGAAGCUGAGGAUACCAGCGGCGCACCAUAGGAAACGUCUCGCAGAACAAGGAAGGAGACACGGCACGGGAGAUUCUAGAAUGUAUGUCAUCAAACUGCCGCCGAACACUAGUUAUUACAGUCAUGUAGACCCUGCACCAGCCGCCGCCAGGACAUUACCCCUACAGAUGACCAGUAACGGGAAACCAGCUCGAGUUUACCACUGGAAUUUACCAGUGCUCCAUAAAAUUGCCAAAACCAGACCCCAAGCAAGGUUUGACGAUGAUGUUGUCGAUGUAGAAAGCACACCAACGUGGCCUAAAGGAUCCAAUCACCAUCCUAAUUCCUUAGAAGCAUUGACUUACUACGUCCCCGCUAAGAAGACAUCCUUCAGAAAAUAUUACUCUGGUAAUGGAAAGCCAAAGUCGUUCUACGUACUCGAAAAGAACAAGCAUACUGCGGAAUACCAUAAGCUAUUGCCGUAAAUGUAUUUGAAUAUUGUCUCGUCAUAAUCGAGGUAUAUAAUGUUUAGGGAGCAUUUGUAAUUUAUCGUAAUCCAUAGACGCAUAGUUCCUCUAUUUCAUUUAGAGAAACGUAUGAAAAUUUGGCUUAUAUACAAAACAAUCCCGUUAUAAAGACGGCAGUUAGUUGGAAAUAAAAAAAUGAAAUGCCAGAAGUAAAACUGUAUGCAAAUAUGUUUAAAAUAUAUUUUAAUCAAUUAUUCUCAUUAAAAUAGAUUAGAGGCUAAAGACUAAUUAGGGCAUUAGUGUUGCUAUCACAUAAAAGUACACAUUAUAUUGUAUUAAUUUUAACUCACUAUUACUAUAAUUUCUCAAAAGAUAGUUUGUUUUCAGUAUUGUACGGCCACAUUAUUAGGACCUAGUCUCUACAUCUACGUUUCAAAUCUAAUAAGACUACUGGUGUACUUACAAAUUUAUUUUAAAGUACGUAACAAAACACUAUUGUCAAAAUAAAGCUAUAAAAAAAUUGUCGUCUGACUUUUAAAUUAGAAAUGUAAUAUAAUUGAUCUUCUAGUGUAUAUAACGGCUUUUUCGUAUUUAGAAGUAGGUGAUGAAUAGGUGCUUAGAUAUGUUAUUAAGACUGCAAAACGAAUUUAAAUUAUUACGAUUAGAUUAUAAGCAAACGAUGCUACAUUUUAGUAAAUAACCACUACGUAUUUGAAUUAAAUAUUUUCAAUAUAGAAGAAUACUAUACUGGCAACAAAUAGUACUAAAAUUUUAAAAACACUUCUUAUUUGAAAAUAUUUAUGCUGCCCAUUGCAUUUAAAUCUAUAAUUACUUAACUAUACUUAUUUUACUUUUAUUUAAUAGAUAUAAAAUAAUAAGUAGUGUGCAUUGUUCGCAAUAUUUUACAUUUAUGUAUAAAAUAUUACGUAAAAUAAUGUAAAACCAACGAUAACCGCUU